UUGAAAUCUAUACUGUUAGGAUAAUUAGGAUUUGUUUACUGCAUUUGGUGACGUCAUCUCACGAAUCUAUUUAAAGUGGGGUAAGCUUGCCGAACAGGUCAUUUGUCGGUUGGCUUUCGCACAGGACGGUCGUGAGGUGUCGGCGCUAUUUGCUGUGAGUUAUUUCUUUUGUGAUUAUUUAAUGCAUUUGUGAUUAUUAUUUGUGAUUAUUAUUUUUGAUUAACGGUUGUUUGUCAAUCACGAUUCAAUUUGUUAUUUUCUUGUGAUUUUGGUUAUUUAAUAAAAUUGUGUAGACAUAAGAAUAAAUUAGUUGUAUUUUGUGUUACUAGUUUGUUUUUUUUUAAUAAAUUCCGGCUUCUGAUCCUAAAAUCAGAAGUGGGAUUCGCCUACAUACCCACAUAAAUUAAAUUACUAGAUUCGUUUUGAAAAACAGCCGUUAAUUCGUAAUUAAAAUGCCACGUUCCUCUUGUAACGAUUCUGAUGUGUCACCGCGCCGCAAAACAAAGCGCAGGAGUAGCGGAUCGCGUCGGCACCGCCGCAAUUCUCGUUCCUAACCACCGAAGUGGAGUAUCUUGGCCGCAUUAUUAGUCGCGGUCAGGUUAGGCCGAGUCGGCGCCCUCCCAGGUCUUUCCAGGUUAACGACUGCGUAUUUGUCAUCAAAUACUCUCAAUCCACCGGAAAACUUGACUCGGGGAUGAGAGGCCCUUACCGAGUAAUCAAGGUGCUUCCAAGUGGCCGGUAUGAGCUCAAGUUAUUGGGCGGUGCUCGUGGAAAGACCACACAAGCAGCUGCGCAGUAUAUGGUGCCCUGGAAAGGGGAGUGGUGUCCCGAGAGUUGUGCGGCUUUCUUUGAAAACGCAGAAGACGGAAACGAUGACGAUGAGUUCGCAGGACCCUCAUCAGAGCCUGUACCUCCCUCACCUGCCGCUGAUGACACUGAAGACGUCACUCAAGACCCUGCUGAUGAUGUGCCCGAGGACGGCGCACGGUCAGGAGAGGCCGUGUUAGGAUAAUUAGGAUUUGUUUACUGCAUUUGGUGACGUCAUCUCACGAAUCUAUUUAAAGUGGGGUAAGCUUGCCGAACAGGUCAUUUGUCGGUUGGCUUUCGCACAGGACGGUCGUGAGGUGUCGGCGCUAUUUGCUGUGAGUUAUUUCUUUUGUGAUUAUUUAAUGCAUUUGUGAUUAUUAUUUGUGAUUAUUAUUUUUGAUUAACGGUUGUUUGUCAAUCACGAUUCAAUUUGUUAUUUUCUUGUGAUUUUGGUUAUUUAAUAAAAUUGUGUAGACAUAAGAAUAAAUUAGUUGUAUUUUGUGUUA